AUGCUUGAUUUGCCUCAUCCACAACCUGUGGAGCUCGAUGACACUGAAGACGACGUGAUGUCCCCGAGCCAUGACCCUGUGACCCUGUGCUUCAGACGCCUGAACAACGGUCAAGAACAACCACUACAGACACGGCUCAAGACUGGCAGCCAAGAAAAAGAAAACAGAAGGUCAACCAUCAAGAUGUGAAUGAAGAGCUGCUUGCGUUUGUCAGGAAGCCAAUCCCUUCUGCUGCUAGCUCUGAGGAUGAGGCAUUUGUCCACAGCCUUGUGACAGAGCUGAAGAAAAUAGAAAGAAACAAGGGAUGCCUGAAAGUGCUACCAUCAACUACUAUCGUUGAUUGUAAACUGGCAAGAAAAGGCACUAACAACAGUGUCCCGCCCCCAAAUAAAUAUAAUUGGUUCAGAGUUUGUUUUGAUAUUUCAACUUGCAUGUCCUGAUCUUGUCUGGUGUGGAUGGACAAAUAUCAACAUGCGGACGCAAGCGCGUGCCCGUUCUAGUCUGCAUGCUAUGUUAACGCUCUCUAUUUUCAUGAGAGCACGCCAAAACCAUAAUGUGUUCAUUACAGCGUCAGUUCACUGGACUUUAACAAGACAACCUAUGAGGCCUCCAAACCAAAUAAGUGUAUUUUAUUUGCUCUGCAAAGGACCAAGGUCCAAUGAACUUGAGUGAAAGAACCAAAGUUAACGUUUGAUCUGCUUUGUACAAAUACCUAUUAGCAUUGUGUCUAACUGUCCAGUGUUGAGAUGAAGAUGCAUGGCCUCCUGAGUGUUCUUUUGGCCACAUCAGCAGCCUUGCUGUUUACAGCUAAGGGACUGGAAAACUAUGAUAUGUUGAGGGAGCUUGAGAAGAAACAUGUUGACAUGGUUAUUAGAUAUGCAAAUAAGAAUAGCAUUGCAAAAAAUGAGCACCUCAAUUUUUGCAAAGUUAUUGAACCAUAUGAGGUAAGAUUAAAUUAUUAAUGUUUUGUCUUUUAAAAAAAAAAUGUUUUUUAAUGUACGAUUCACCAUUGUUAUAAUAUUUGUAUUUUUUUUUCUGUCUAUAGGUCAAGGGUCAGGAAUUGAAAAUCAACUUGUUAUUGAAAGCAACAGUCUGCCCUAAGGCCAGUAGAGAUAGUGAACACAAACAUCGCCAUGACUGUGAAUUUAAAACCAACAGGGUGAGUAGUUCAGGUCCUCCAUGUAUAUGAUUAGUCUACUAUCCUCUUAUCACUUAUUAACAUGCCAUAGCUGUGAGACUUAAAUAUCCACAUACUAUUUUAAAUAGUUUUCUUGUAAAGGAUGAGGAUACAUUCAACUCCCUAAGAGCACAUUGGACUGCUCCAGAUAACUGCAUGCUCUGGUUUAGAGCAGUACUUCAUGGCAGUAGGAAGGAUCCUCCAUGUGUGUGAUUAGAGUUGUAGCCCUCUGUGAUCAUUUCUGAUUUGUGAAGAUAAUGAAGCUGAAGCACAAGAGAGGUGUAGAUUUCAGUUAAGUUAUUGAAUUUACCUAGACUCUGGACUAUGAAGGAGGUCAGUAAAAGCUCACCCAUGUCCAAAUGCAGGACUUUAGUAUUUCAUAUAAUCAAUCAACCACGUCUAUACAUUCUUACUUCAUGUGGUCCUCUGUAGCUCAAUUGGUAGAGCACGGUGCUUGUAACGCCAGGGUAGUGGGUUCGAUCCCCGGGACCACCUGUACGUAAAAAUGUAUGCGCACGUGACUGUAAGUCGCUUUGGAUAAAAGCGUCUGCUAAAUGGCUUAUUAUUAUUAUGUAUGUCCUUUCUGUCUCUGCAGCCCUAUAUAAACUGUGUUGUUGUCAUGAGCACUCUCUCUCCCUGGUAGCAACAUUAAUUGCAUUCAAUUCUCUGCCACUCUGCUCACUCUCUCCCUACUCUGCCUAACGAGCUCCACCUGGCUCCGCCCUGCUCUGCUCUUGUUACCUGGCCAGCUGCACUGCAUUUCCCACUCACCAUCCUCACCUUGCCUCACUCUGUUCUAAUUACUCUGCCAGCUGAACUGCAUUUCCCCACUAACCUCUCCCAGUAUAUCAAGCCCUGUUUUUCAGCCAAGCCCUGUCAGAUCGUCUUCAAACCCGGACCAGUAACCUGCCUGUCUGCGCUCUGACUCCUGUUUGUGAUUCCGAUCCUUUCUUGACUGCCUCCUUGUUCUACUGCCCCGUCUAUCCCGACCUGCCUUCUGGACCUCGACUACUCUCCGAUCUUCAGCCCCUCCGGUCUCCGACCACCAGAUGAGCGUGCCCAGACGCUUCACCACCCUCAGCCCGAUACGCCGCUCCAUCACUGGGGAACACACACACUAAGCACUUGGACUGGACACCCCCGGACAUUUGGUGACCCCCGGAGCACAGGUACCCACAGGACCCUGAAAGACCCCAGAGCCCCAAGCACCCCUGGAACCCCUGACACCCCUGGCACUCCUCUUCCCGCCUGAAACCUUCAAUAAAGAACUCUGAAUUUGAACUUGCGCUCUUGGGUCCUCUUCUGUCCGUGACAGAACGAUCUGACCAUCAUGGACCCAGCGCACUCCCUGACCACGAUGGAAGAAGAGCCAGAGAUGACUGCCCUACAGCGACUGGAACGCUCUGAGGGAGACAUAAAUCGGAUGGCUGGCGACAUCGCUUCCCUUCUCCAGCUAUUCAACCAGCAGCAACAACAGUUCCAACUGCAGCAACAACAGCUAGCCCAAGCCCUGCAACUACUCUCAAACCCGGCUACUCCACCUGCACCCCCCCCUGGUCCUUCUGUUCCUGUACCACCGACACUCCUUCAUCCCUCCGCUGGAGGUCCCAAUGCUGCAGGCCCGGCAGUGCUGCCACCAGAUCCCCACGCUCCUGAACCAAAGAUUGGGAACCCGGAACGUUUUGAUGGCAACCAGAAGCAAGUAAGACCAUUCUUGAGCAGCUGCCGAAUCCAGUUUGCACUACAGCCCAGGACUUUUCUCAACAGAGGGAGCCAAGGUGGGGUAUGUCAUCACACAUCUCACCGGUCGAGCUCGGUUGUGGGGGAACGGCGGAAUUCGACCGGCAAAACCCAGCCUGUGCCUCCUUCAGUGCCUUUGAGGAGGAGAUGUUAAAGGUCUUUGACCUAGGCUCGCCAACAGCCGAAGCGUCACAAGCUCUGCUCACCAUCCGUCCAGGGCAAUCGGACAGUGGCAGACUUCUCCAUUGACUUUCGUACCCUGGCCAGUCAAAGCUCGUUUAACCCAGAGGCACUGGUGCAAGCCUUCCUCCAUAGCCUGGCGGACUAUAUCAAAGACGAGCUUGUUUCCCAUGACCCCGCCCUCAACGCUUGAUGCCGCCAUUGACCUUGCCGUCCGCAUUGACCGCCGUAUACAGACCCGGAGGAGGGAGAAGGGCCGUCUCAGUCAACCUGCCAUCCGCACUCGGGUCGAUACCGCUUCUGUCCAGCCCCUGCCUGUCAAGUCCCAUAGCCAACUCAAUCAGCCUGAGCCCAUGGAGAUUGGCCGUGCCUCUCUGACUCCCGAGGAGCGUCGGCGCCGUCUAAGCUCCAACCUUUGCCUCUACUGUGGUGGCGAAAAUCACCGUGUCGCCACUUGUCCGGCAAAAGCCGCAGCUCACCAGGUGUAGGGGAGAUCCGGGUGAGCUCAACAAGCCUUCAGUCUCCCUCCAUCCGAAAGACCCUGCUUCAUCUCCGCCUUCAGCUUUCUGACAAGACUCAUACAUUGGCCGCCCUUGUGGAUUCCGGAGCCGAAGCAAACAUCAUGGACCCUGAGCUUGCACAGCAACUGGGCGUGAACCAUCAUCAACUGACACAACCCAUUCCUGCAACGAGCCCUGGAUGGGCAUCAUCUUGGCACUGUCACUCAUAUCUCCGCCCCUGUGACAAUCCUGCUGUCAGGAAACCACCAGGAGUCCAUCCAGUUUCACCUCCUACACUCACCUGGCCAACCACUCAUUCUUGGAUACCCGUGGCUCCGUCAGCACAACCCCCACAUCGACUGGGAGACAGGAACAGUCCGUGAGUGGGGAAGGAGUUGUCACCAGAACCUGUUUAAGGGGGGCCACCCUGCCCGUUCACCGGGAAAGAUCUAGCGCUACCCCCGACAUAUCCAAUGUUCCGGCCUGUUACCACCAGCCUGAAAGAGGUGUUCAACAAAUCCAAGGCGACAUCUCUACCCCCACACAGACCCUAUGACUGCGCGAUUGAUCUCCUGCCUGGCACAGCACCUCCCAAGGGUCGUUCUGUAUUCACUGUCAGCCCCGGAAAGAAAGGCCAUGGAGGACUACAUUAAUGACUCUCUUGCCGCCGGGAUAAUUAGACCGUCAUCUUCCCCCGCAGGAGCGGGAUUCUUCUUUGUCGGCAAGAAGGACGGUUCUCUUCGUCCAUGCAUAGAUUACCGGGGUCUGAAACGACAUCACGGUUAAGAAUCGCUACCCCCACUGCCCUUACUUUCGUCUGCCUUCGAACUGCUGCAGGGAGCCACUGUAUUCACAAAGCUGGACCUUCGCAAUGCCUACCCAUCUGGUGCGGAUGAGGGAGGGAGACGAAUGGAAGACAGCGUUCAACACACCAACCGGCCACUAUGAAUAUCUCGUCAUGCCCUUCGGCCUCACCAAUGCCCCAGCAGUUUUUCAAGCCCUAGUGAAUGAUAUCCUCAGGGACAUGCUAAAUACGUUCGUAUUUUGUGUACCUUUGACGAUAUUUUAAUAUUCUCAAAGACUCUGUCAGAACACACGCACCACGUCCAGUUUGGUCCUGCGCCGCCCUGCUGGAGAACUCUCUUCUCUUUUCGUGAAGGCAGAGAAGUGGCGAGUUCCAUGCCAAAACCGUUUCAUUCCUGGGGUAUGUGGUGACCGAGGGCCAAGCAUUCAGAUGGAUCUCACGAAGGUGUCGGCUGUCACUUCCUGGCCCAGUUCCUGAGUCUCGGAAAAAGUUGCAACAGUUCCUGGGCUUUGCCAACUUUUAUAGGAGAUUCAUCAGAAACUAUAGCCACAGUGGCUGCACCCCUCACGGCGCUAACCAGCACUAAACAACCGUACCAAUGGGACAUCAGCUGCUGAUAAGGCCCUUCAAUAUCCUCAAGACAUGUUUCAUCUUCUGCUCCCAUCCUCCCAGAUGCCAGAUGCAGCAAGGCAGUUUGUGGUGGAGGUAGAUGCUUCGGACGUGGGAGUGGGUGCAGUGCUUUUCUCAAAGAGCAGCUGAGGAUGGCAAGAUGCACCCCUGUGCUUCUACUUUCUACUCCCGUCUGGCUACCCCUGCCGAAUGCAACUACGACAUUGGGAACCGCGAGCUGUUUGGCUGUCAAGCUCGCCCUUGAAGAAUGGCGGCACUGGUUAGAGGGGUCAAAGGAACCAUUCGUAGUGUGGAACAGACCACAAGAACCUUGGAGUAUAUCCAAACAGCCAGGAGGCUGAACUCCCGUCAACAGCGGUGGGUCUCUGUUCUUUACGCGCUCAAUUCACGCUCUCCUACCGCCCGGGAUCUCGCAACAUCAAACCUGAUGCUCUUUCCCGCUGAUGUUUCAGAAGGACGAGACCACCGCCAUGACAGCCCCCAUUCUUCCCAGCCACUUGGUCGUAGCGUGCCCUCACCUGGGAGAUCGAGAAGGCAGGUCAUGGAGGCUCUUCGGGACCAGCCAGGUCCAAGCACCAGCGCCCCCCAAACCGUCUGUUUUGUUCCAGCAAAUCUCAGGUCACCUGUGGAUUCAGUGGGGGCACGAAUCCCGUUCUGGCCUGUCAUCCCGGUCAUCACUCGCACCCUUCAUCUGGUCCGCCAGCGGUUCUGGUGGCGGCGGAUGAGACGGGAUGUCCGAGAAUUCAUCCGAGCUUGUCCCACUUGUAACCGAAACAAGACCCCCAACCAGCCUCCUGCUGGGUUGCUGCAACCCCUACUCAUACCCAAGAGGCCCUGGUCCCACGUUUCACUGGACUUUUGUUACGGGCCUUCCGCCCUCUGACGGACACACAGUCAUCCUUACCAUUGUUGACCGCUUUAGUAAGAUGACCCACUUCGUGCCCCUUCCCAAACUACCCCUCUGCUAAAGAGACCCUCCCAGGUGGUCCUGGAACAUGUGUUUCGUAUCCAUGGCCUACCCCCAGGAUAUAGUGUCAGACCGGGGCCCGCAAUUCUCAGCAACCUUUUGGAAGAAGUUCUGUCAUCUCCUUGGGGCCCACGCCAGCCUAUCGUCUGGAUUCCACCCGCAGUCAAACGGCCCAGACUGAACGCAUGAACCAGGAGCUGGAGAAGGCACUGAGGUGUGUGGCUUCCAAAUCCCCGGGCCUGGGCUCAACACCCUGCUCUGGGUGGAAUAUGCCCAUAAUUCACUCACCAGUUUCCUCAACCGGGCUCUCCCCCUUUCAGUGUGUCUACGGGUAUCAACCUCCACUGUUUGCCAGCCAGGAGGCGGAUGCCACCUGUCCGUCUGCUCUUGCGUAUGCCCCGCCGCUGCCGCCGCACUUGGGCCCAGGCUCGCACUGUGCUCCUGAAGUCUGGAACCCAGCUACGCCGUCGGUGCCAACCGACGGAGGACCCCAGCACUACUUACCGGGUUGGUCAGAAGGUCUGGCUGUCUGCCCGGGAUCUGCCCGCUGCGGGUUGAAUCACGAAAGCUGGCCCCUCGCUUCAUUGGUCCUUUUCCUGUGCAGAAAGUCAUCAGUCCAACGGCGGUCCCGACUUCAGUUGCCCGCUUCCAUGCGGGUCCACCCCACCUUCCACGUCUCCAAGGUCAAGCCGGUCCAUGAAAGUCCCCUGGUCCCUGCAGCUCCGGCGCCACCUCCUCCGCGCCUCGUAGAUGGCGGUCCUGUCUUCACCGUCCGGCGGCUGCUCCGCUCUAGGCGAAGGGGUAGGGGUCUCCAGUACCUCGUUGACUGGGAGGGAUAUGGUCCAGAGGAGAGGACCUGGAUCCCGGCCAGGAGGAUAGUGGACCGGACCCUUAUCACUGACUUCCACCGACUACAUCCUGAUCAGCCUGCAAUCCGUAGGGGCCGUCCAAGAGGGGGUUCCUAGCCGUCCUGCCCGCCCUGCUUCCUGUCCUGUGCCUGACCCUGCUCCUGUCUCAGUGCCUGUCCUGUCUCCCGACCGUGACCCUCCAGCUCCUUCUGAGGAUGAGGAGAUUCACUCGGACCGCUCGGAGGAGUUCUGACCCGCCGCCUGCUCCCCUCCACCCUCCCGGCAUGAUGUUGUUCUUGGGACUUCUGGGGCCGUCCCUUGGAGGGGGGGUCCUGUCAUGAGCACUCUCUCUCCCUGGUAGCAACAUUAAUUGCAUUCAAUUCUCUGCCACUCUGCUCACUCUCUCCCUACUCUGCCUAACGAGCUCCACCUGGCUCCGCCCUGCUCUGCUCUUGUUACCUGGCCAGCUGCACUGCAUUUCCCACUCACCAUCCUCACCUUGCCUCACUCUGUUCUAAUUACUCUGCCAGCUGAACUGCAUUUCCCCACUAACCUCUCCCAGUAUAUCAAGCCCUGUUUUUCAGCCAAGCCCUGUCAGAUCGUCUUCAAACCCGGACCAGUAACCUGCCUGUCUGCGCUCUGACUCCUGUUUGUGAUUCCGAUCCUUUCUUGACUGCCUCCUUGUUUCUACUGCCCCGUCUAUCCCGACCUGCCUUCUGGACCUCGACUACUCUCCGAUCUUCAGCCCCUCCGGUCUCCGACCACCAGAUGAGCGUGCCCAGACGCUUCACCACCCUCAGCCCGAUACGCCGCUCCAUCACUGGGGAACACACACACUAAGCACUUGGACUGGACACCCCCGGACAUUUGGUGACCCCCGGAGCACAGGUACCCACAGGACCCUGAAAGACCCCAGAGCCCCAAGCACCCCUGGAACCCCUGACACCCCUGGCACUCCUCUUCCCGCCUGAAACCUUCAAUAAAGAACUCUGAAUUUGAACUUGCGCUCUUGGGUCCUCUUCUGUCCGUGACAGUUGUUUGCAACAAAAACUUCCAUGACAGCACUGACCCCUACAUUGACUGUGUUCGGAACAAAGAUGUAAAGACGGUAACUAAGCUUCUAAACUUAGAAAAAACGUGUCGUACACAAAAACAAACUUCUACUUUAAAAUACAAAUGUGUUAAAUUCUAAUUUCAUUAACUUUUUCCUCCUGACAAAAUCAUUGUGUUUUAUAUGAUUGUUCUUUUCAGCGUGAUGUCAUCCGACACGACAAGUGUUCAACUCUUCUUCGUGGAGCGGAAACAGCUAUAGCCUCAAAUGACAAAGAAGACCAUCAGACUGGAUGCUUUGGCUGUUUCUGAUAACUAAUGAAAGUACUUGUCCAGCACUGAUGGUCAGAGGCAGUCCUUAUAAAGCACUUCUGUCUUUGGACUUUCAACGUAGCCUUUGGGAGUUUCGGUUGGGAGUUUCAACACAAUGCAAUUGUAUCAAAAAUACUCUGGAUUUCCAUUUUGAAGGACUCUUUUAAUCCCUUGUGGUAUCUUAAACCACAGAGCAAAAUGCUAAACGUACCCUUCUUUGCUGAUUCUCCACAAAUAAUCAAAGAAAAAGUGUGAACUUAAGAUUCACACGGAGAGUAUUACAAUGUUGUACGCUUACGAAAUAAUAUUACUGAUGAAAAUAAAGCUCAUUUAACCAGUAUAACAGUAUAUGAGGGGUGAAAAUGAUUGCAACAAAGAAAUAAACCACAAAUGAAACAAGAAAGCCGUUAUUGGAUUUUCUCUUUUUCAAAAUCUUAGCAUUUGUUUUACGUUUUUGGGAAGAAAAUUGCCUGUAUGUCUGCAUAUGUCUUGCAGUGUAAAAGGAAAUUCUACCUCUCUCAGGGCAGAGUUCCCACAGUCUGUCCUCUCUGAGCAGUCAGGUCUGCCUGUGACAGCAGAUCACGACAUGGUUUUUAUAGGUACAAUAAUGAACGUAGGGUCUGGUCUCUAUGGCCAGGCUGAGUCUGCACAUUGUCAAUUCAGUAUUUUCCUCAGUUACUGUGAUCAUAAGUCUGCCAUCGUGUACAACUGUGUGUGUAGGCCAAAUAGCAUUAAAGUUUGCUUUGGGUUUUUGUGGUCUUUCCAAUAGGUGAUAUAUUUUUAUUUUAGAUUUGUUAUAGACGGGUUGGUUGUUUAACAACAAAACCGACACGUGCGCAACUAUGGAGCAAAACAGACGGGGUUGGCUUAGAUUGUUGACAACAUGUAAACUAUAUUUUGUCUCCAAUGUUUAUUGAAAACAUAAAUAAAUGGGCUCAAUGGGCACUUAAUAUCUCUCAAAUACAUCGUUACAGUUGUUGGUUAGCUAGCUAGCGAAUUUUAGCCAUAUUAGCAUUGACAUGAAAUCAGUCAAAACACCUCGAAACAAGACAUGGUAUCAAGAACAAGAUAAAACUUGCUGAAACGAGCCACCUACGAUUCCCCACAUUACUUCUUGUCAUUGUUGCUAUCUGACCGUUCAGAAUCAUAACAAAACACGGCUUCCGCCCCCAUCGAUGGGCGUGCAUAAUUUUUGCAGCGAGCAUUAACCAGUUAAAUGUAACUAAAUGUCAUCUGCGUAAUCCCCAAAAGUAAUUAUUUAUCAUGAGAGGGCCAUAAACAAUAACUAGUAAUACUGCAUACUCAAAGAAAGGUUCAAAUCUCACCUUUUCUGGAAAAAUAGUUAUACAUUGCUGAGGUGUAGCCACUUCUGAGGACACAAGCUCAAGUAUAAAAAUAUGAAAUAUUAUAUGAUGUAUUUCCUAUUCAACAAAACUGUAUGAAUAAUGCUUGAAAUUACAUAUGCUUUCUAAAUAUAGCAUAAUGAAAUUAUAACAUUACUAACUGUAAUUUUUCACCUUCCUUAUAACUAAAAUAGAUAUUUGCAUGUUUAGUGUUAGAGAAAAUUUGCAUAUUUUCUAAAGGUCUCUUGAUCAGAACGUCUGCCCACAUCGCUGUGAAGGUCUCACUGUCACGAUCGUCGUAAGCAACGGACCAAGGCGCAGCGUGAUAAGCGUACACUAUUUUUAUUUAAGUACACACCCGAACAAAAACAACAAAACGAUACGUGAAGUCCUAGGUCACAAACACAAACACAAACACAAACACAACACAAACACAAACACAAACACAAACACAACACGGAACAAGAUCCCACAAUGACUAGUGCAAACAGGCUGCUUAAGUAUGGUUCCCAAUCAGAGACAACGAACCACAGCUGACUCUGAUUGGGAACCAACCGGCCAACAUAGAAAUACAUGAACUAGAAUCCCCAACAUAGAAAAAACAACAUAGAAGCUACACACCCUGGCUCAACAUUUCAGAGUCCCCAGAGCCAGGGCGUGACAGUACCCCCCUCCCAAAGGCGCGGACUGCGACCGCGCCACACAAACACAAGAGGGUAGGGGCAGGGUGGGUCCAGACUGGAGCCGCUGGCCGGAGCUGGACUGGACACCGGUGGAGCGGAUUGCUCUGGCUCCGGAGUGGAUCCACUGACUGGAGUUGGACAAGACCCCGGUGGAGCGGAUUGCUCUGGCUCUGGAGUGGAGCAGCUGACCGGUGCCGGACUAGGCACCGGUGGAACAGGCACGGGCCUUGCCGGACUGGACACCCGCCCGCACCACUGGCUUGGUGCGGGGAGCAGGAACGGACCGGACUGACGACGCGCACCACUGGCUUGGUGCGGGGAGCAGGAACGGGCCGGACCGGGCUGACGACAUGCACCACUGGCUUGGUGCGGGGAGCAGGAACGGGCCGGACCGGGCUGACGACGCGCACCACUGGCUUGGUGCGGGGGGCAGGAAAGUGCCGGACCGGGCUGGCGACGCUCACCACUGGUUCGGUGACGAGGGGCGGCUGGCGACGCGCACCACUGGCUUGGUGCGAGGGGCAGGAACGGACCGGACCAGGCUGGCGACGCGCACCACUUGCUUGGUGCGAGGGGCAGGAACGGGCCGGACAGGGCUGGCGACGCGCACCAUUGGCUUGUUGCGAGGGGCAGGAACGGUCCGGACAGGGCUGGCGACGCGCACCACUGGCUUGGUGCAAGGGGCAGGAACAGGCCGGACCGGGCUGGCGACGCGCACCACUGGCUUGGUGCGAGGGGCAGGAACAGGCCGGACCGGGCUGGCGACGCGCACAACUGGCUUGGUGCGAGGGGCAGGAACAGGCCGGACCGGGCUGGCGACGCGCACCACUGGUUUUGAGAUUUGUUUUUCUCCAGAAAAUCACAUUGUAGGAUUUUUUAUGAAUUUAUUUGCAAAUUAUGGUGGAAUAUAAGUAUUUGGUCACCUACAAACAAGCAAGAUUUCUGGCUCUCACAGACCUGUAACUUCUUCUUUAAGAGGCUCCUCUGUCCUCCACUCGUUACCUGUAUUAAUGGCACCUGUUUGAACUUGUUAUCAGUAUAAAAGACACCUGUCCACAACCUCAAACAGUCACACUCCAAACUCCACUAUGGCCAAGACCAAAGAGCUGUCAAAGGACACCAGAAACAAAAUUGUAGACCUGCACCAGGCUGGGACGACUGAAUCUGCAAUAGGUAAGCAGCUUGGUUUGAAGAAAUCAACUGUGGGAGCAAAUAUUAGGAAAUGGAAGGCAUACAAGACCACUGAUAAUCUCCCUCGAUCUGGGGCUCCACGCAAGAUCUCACCCCGUGGGGUGAAAAUGAUCACAAGAACGGUGAGCAAAAAUCCCAGAACCACACGGGGGGACCUAGUGAAUGACCUGCAGAGAGCUGGGACCAAAGUAACAAAGCCUACCAUCAGUAGCACACUACACCGCCAGGGACUCAAAUCCUGCAGUGCGAGAUGUGUCCCCCUGCUUAAGCCAGUACAUGUCCAGGCCCGUCUGAAGUUAGCUAGAGUGCAUUUGGAUGAUCCAGAAGAGGAUUGGGAGAAUGUCAUAUGGUCAGAUGAAACCAAAACAUAACUUUUUGGUAAAAACUCAACUCGUCGUGUUUGGAGGACAAAGAAUGCUGAGUUGCAUCCAAAGAACACCAUACCUACUGUGAAGCAUGGGGGUGGAAACAUCAUGCUUUGGGGCUGUUUUUCUGCAAAGGGACCAGGACGACUGCUCCGUGUAAAGGAAAGAAUGAAUGGGGCCAUGUAUCGUGAGAUUUUGAGUGAAAACCUCCUUCCAUCAGCAAGGGCAUUGAAGAUGAAACGUGGCUGGGUCUUUCAGCAUGACAAUGAUCCCAAACACACCGCCCGGGCAACGAAGGAGUGGCUUUGUAAGAAGCAUUUCAAGGUCCUGGAGUGGCCUAGCCAGUCUCCAGAUCUCAACCCCAUAGAAAAUCUUUGGAGGGAGUUGAAAGUCUGUGUUGCCCAGCGACGUUUGACCUGUGUCAUUGCCAACAAAGGGUAUAUAACAAAGUAUUGAGAAACUUUUGUUAUUGACCAAAUACUUAUUUCCCACCAUAAUUUGCAAAUAAAAUCAUAAAAAAUCCUACAAUGUGAUUUUCUGGAGAAAAAAAAUCUCAUUUUGUCUGUCAUAGUUGACGUGUACCUAUGAUGAAAAUUACAGGCCUCUCUCAUAUUUUUAAGUGGGAGAACUUGCACAAUUGGUGGCUGACUAAAUACUUUUUUCCCCCACUGUAUGUUAACGCUCUCUAUUUUCAUGAGAGCACGCCAAAACCAUAAUGUGUUCAUUACAGCGUCAGUUCACUGGACUUUAACAAGACAACCUAUGAGGCCUCUGCAGAGGACCAAGAUCCAAUGAACUUGAGUGAAAGUCCUUGAACCAAAGUUAACGUUUGAUCUGCUUUGUACAAAUACCUACAGUGUUAGCAUUGUGUCUAACUGUCCAGUGUUGAGAUGAAGAUUAAUGGCCUCCUGAGUGUUCUUUUGGCCACAUCAGCAGCCUUGCUGUUUACAGCUAAGGGACAGGAAAACUAUGAUAUGUUGAGGGAGCUUGACAAGAAACAUGUUGACAUGGUUAUUAGAUAUGCAAAUAAGGAUGACGAGCUUCAAAAAAGCAUUGCAAAAAAAGAGCACCUCAAUUUUUGGGGAGUUAUUAGAAGAUCUGAGGUAAGAUGAAAUGAUUAAUGUUUUGUCUUUUUUUAAAAUGUUUUUUAAUGUACGAUUCACCGUUGUUAUAAUAUUUGUAUUUUUUUUCUGUCUAUAGGUCAAGGGUCAGGAAUUUAAAAUCAACUUGUUAUUGAAAGCAACAGUCUGCCAUAAGGCCAGUAGUGAUAGUGAACACAAACAUCGCCAUGACUGUGGCUUUAAACCCAACAGGGUGAGUAGUUCAGGUCCUCUAUGUAUAUGAUUAGUCUACUAUCCUCUUAUCACUUAUUAACAUGCCAUAGCUGUGAGACUUAAAUAUCCACAUACUAUUUUAAAUAGUUUUCUUGUAAAGGAUGAGGAUACAUUCAACUCCCUAAGAGCACAUUGGACUGCUCCAGAUAACGGCAUGCUCUGGUUUAGAGCAGUACUUCAUGGCAGUAGGAAGGAUCCUCCAUGUGUGUGAUUAGAGUUGUAGCCCUCUGUGAUCAUUUCUGAUUUGUGAAGAUAAUGAAGCUGAAGCACAAGAGAGGUGUAGAUUUCAGUUAAGUUAUUGAAUUUACCUAGACUCUGGACUAUGAAGGAGGUCAGUAAAAGCUCACCCAUGUCCAAAUGCAGGACUUUAGUAUUUCAUACAAUCAAUCAACCACGUCUAUACAUUCUUACUUCAUGUGGUCCUCUGUAGCUCAAUUGGUAGAGCACGGCGCUUGUAACGCCAGGGUAGUGGGUUCGAUCCCCGGGACCACCCGUACGUAAAGAUGUAUGCGCACGUGACUGUAAGUCGCUUUGGAUAAAAGCGUCUGCUAAAUGGCAUAUUAUUAUUAUUAUUAUUAUGUAUGUCCUUUCUGUCUCUGCAGCCCUAUAUAAACUGUGUUGUUUGCAACAAAAACUUCCAUGACAGCACUGACCCCUACAUUGACUGUGUUCGGAACAACGAUGUAAACACGGUAACUAAAGCUUCUAAACUUAGAAAAAACGUGUCGUACACAAAAACAAACUUCUACUUUAAAAUACAAAUGUGUUAAAUUCUAAUUUCAUUAACUUUUUCCUCCUGACAAAAUCAUUGUGUUUUAUAUGAUUGUUCUUUUCAGCAUGAUGUCAUCCGACACGACAAGUGUUCAACUCUUCUUCAUGGAGCGUUAACAGUUUUAACCUUAUGACUGGAUGUUUUGGCUGUUUCUGAUAACUAAUGAAAGUACUUGUCCAGCACUGAUGGUCAGAGGCAGUCCUUAUAAAGCACUUCUGUCUUUGGAUUUUCAACGUAGCCUUUGGGAGUUUCGGUUGGGAGUUUCAACACAAUGCAAUUGUAUCAAAAAUACUCUGGAUUUCCAUUUUGAAGGACUCUUUUAAUCCCUUGUGGUAUCUUAAACCACAGAGCAAAAUGCUAAACGUACCCUUCUUUGCUGAUUCUCCACAAAUAAUCAAAGAAAAAGUGUGAACUUAAGAUUCACACGGAGAGUAUUACAAUGUUGUACGCUUACGAAAUAAUAUUACUGUUGAAAAUAAAGCUCAUUUAACCAGUAUAACAGUAUAUGAGGGGUGAAAAUGAUUGCAACAAAGAAAUAAACCACAAAUGAAACAAGAAAGCCGUUAUUGGAUUUUCUCUUUUCAAAAUCUUAGCAUUUGUUUUACGUUUUUUGGGAAGAAAAUUGCCUGUAUGUCUGCAUAUGUCUUGCAGUGUAAAAGGACAUUCUACCUCUCUCAUGGCAGAGUUCCCACAGUCUGUCCUCUCUGAGCAGUCAGGUCUGCCUGUGACAGCAGAUCACGACAUGGUUUUUAUAGGUACAAUAAUGAACGUAGGGUCUGGUCUCUAUGGCCAGGCUGUGUCUGCACAUUGUCAAUUCAGUAUUUUCCUCAGUUACUGUGAUCAUAAGUCUGCCAUCGUGUACAACUGUGUGUGUAGGCCAAAUAGCAUUAAAGUUUGCUUUGGGUUUUUGUGGUCUUUCCAAUAGGUGAUAUAUUU